UCAUAUUUCUGACAGUCAGCUGUUGCAGGAAAGUUUUGUCAUGGUCGGAUAGCUCUCUCUUUUUCCUCUCUGUGUUCCUCUUCUUGCACUCUCUUCAGCGACCACUCGCUUUCCUUCCGCCUUUUCCGUCACUGCAGUGUUUAACACACAAGACAGCCAGCUGUUCAACUCCAAUUCUACGCCAGACGAAGACUUCGGAACUUUACGGAAUGAGUUUGAACGAACAUUCCUUGCAGGCUCUGUCAUGGAGAAAAUUGUACUUGAGCCGGGCCAAGUUGAAAGCCACCAGCCGCACUUCAGCUCUUUUGUCGGGAUUCGCGAUGGUUGCCAUGGUGGAGGUACAGCUGGAAAGGGACUAUACUUAUCCUCCAGGGUUGCUGAUCGCCUUCAGUGCCUGCACUACAGUACUAGUCGCGGUGCACCUCUUUGCACUCAUGAUUAGCACCUGUAUCCUCCCAAAUCUUGAGGCGGUCAGCAAUGUUCACAACCUCAACUCAGUGAAUGAAUCUCCCCAUGAGCGUAUGCACCGUCACAUUGAACUGGCCUGGGCUUUUUCCACUGUCAUUGGUACCCUUCUCUUCCUCACAGAGGUGAUGCUCCUCUGCUGGGUCAAAUUUUUACCUCUGAAAAGCAACACGGAAAAAAACGGCACCAUAAGUGCUGGCCAAGCGGCAGCCAUCGCUUCCACUUGCAUCAUGGUACCUUUUGGCCUGGUUUUUAUUGUGUUCGCCGUUCACUUUUACCGCACACUGGUCAGUCACAAAACUGACCGGCAGAUCCGAGAGCUGGAGCAAGUUAUUCGGCUGCAGAACCAACUGGACCACAGGACGGAAAAUGAUGACCUGAAGACUGUUGACCAUUUCGCUUGAUUAAUUUGCUUGCUUGCAGGAGCAUGGGACAUUCAGCAGUGCUUUUUGCUGUGAAGUUAAUGUUUCUGGACAAUGCUUAAAUAGUCAUUUUCCUCUUCCAAGCACGCAAGGGUUCUUGAUUUCCUGUUUACGUUAUUUUUGCAUAUUAUUUUAAUACGAAAAACACGAGACAUGCUGCAUUAGUUCUGAAGCUUUGAUAAGAACCCGCCAUAUAACAUUGAACAUGCCAAACUCACAUGGAGGAAUUCAUGCGGUCAUUACCAUCAACAUAAUACCUUUUUUGAUAUGGAGGUAAUAUUCUCAGUUUUGCAUUGUCAAAAAUUCACAGUAAGAAUUUGUUGUUGGGCUGCCUAUAAUCGACACAGAACAUUUCUGGCAGAACAAAAACAGUUUAAAGCAAAUUUCCGUAUUCACAUUGUUACACAUACAAAAUUGCGGAUGCACACAUGCCACCUAUUCACAACGUUUAAUGGAAAUCGGUGGCCUAAUUUUGGUGAAAUCCUGCUCA